CGACAGAUAAAGAGAAUGGCAGUCUACUCGAUCUUUUUUUUUCCGUAUUCCGGUAUCUGGCAAAGGCAUUCGUCGAGAAACGCCUCCUAAUCCUGGCGUAACUUGCCGAAUUUAUCUGCUUCAUUUGCUCCAGCAGGGUGUUUGUCCUCGCUCUCAACGAUGUGCGCAACAGAUAACGCGGCUAGUAGCCCGCCACGUGCUGUUGGCGAGGUUCAAGGGAACAUUGCGGUAGAGGAUCGCGAUGUCAUUACUGUCGAGGAGCAAAGUGUCGCUUCAUCUAGCACAAGUCUUUCUAGUUCGAUUCUCGACUACCGCUUGGAGAACGGUAGAACCUACCACAAGUACAAGGACGGCAAAUACUACGUUCCUAAUGAUGAGAGAGAAAAUGACCGACUUGGUACCCGUCAAGCCCGAAAUCUAGACUUACAACACAACUUGUUCAUUCGGACGUUCGGCAACCGACUUGGCACUGCGCCUCCAAAUGAGCCUGGGUCCAAAGUUGGACGGGUGUUGGAUGUAGGGACAGGCACAGGAAUCUGGGCGAUUGAUUUCGGAGAUGAACAUCCAGAGGCUGAGGUUCUCGGUAUCGACUUAUCUCCCGCUCAGCCAGAAUUUGUACCUCCGAAUGUGCGGUUUGAAAUCGACGACCUUGAGGAACCCUGGACAUACUCACGUCCUUUCGACUAUAUCCACAGCCGCAUGAUCACGUCCUGCGUCAAGGACUGGAAGGCGUAUUUCCAGCAAAGCUUUGAUCAUCUCAACCCAGGUGGUUAUCUUGAGAUCCACGAGAUCGACGUUGAGCCUAACUCCGAUGACGGCACCUUGAAAUCGGACUCAGCUCUCAUGAAGAGCUUGCGGCUUUGGCAGGAAGCUGCUGCCAUCUUCGAGCGCCCUUUUGAAGACAUUCAGUCGCUGGCUGGUAUUAUGGCCGAUGUUGGCUUUGAGGAUGUCCACUUGGAGAGAUACAAGUGGCCCACAAAUACGUGGCCGAAGGACCGGAACUACAAAGAACUCGGAGCAUGGACCUAUGAGAAUCUUGCUGUCAAUUGGGAAGGAUUCAUCAUGGCGCCUCUGACUCGAGCCCACAAUUGGACCAAGGAGGAGGUAAUGCUACUUGCCAUGGAAGCCCGUAAGGAUCUGAGCGACAGAAGCAUCCACGCCUACUUCACCAUCUGGGCGAUCCACGGCCGAAAACCAUUCAAGACCAAGCCGACUGAAGAAGCAACUGCUAGUUGA